CUGCCGAAGAAACAAGCAAGAAACAGUCAUUAACUGCCCGAAAGAUGCCUUCAAAUCUCCUUAACCAAGAAAGCACAGCGUGAAUGAAACUUCUUUUAUUCUCUCUUUUUAGGGAGAAGAAAAGAAGGAGAGUAGAGGAGCUGACUGAGAAGAUGAUGGUUGAUGGAUUUAGUGGCAGAACAUGUGAGUCGGAGGGCCAAUGGAACCACAUCAAAAAGUUUCUGGAAAGGUCGGGGCCCUUCACGCAUCCUGACUUUGAACCUAGCACAGAGUCGUUGCAGUUUAUGCUGGAAACCUGCAAAAUCCUAGUGAUUGGUGCUGGUGGACUGGGGUGUGAGCUGCUAAAAGACCUGGCUUUAUCAGGCUUUCGAAACAUUCAAGUUGUGGACAUGGACACCAUUGAUGUUUCAAACCUGAAUCGUCAGUUCCUCUUUAGGCCAAAAGAUGUAGGCCGGCCCAAGGCGAAUGUUGCUGCGGAUUUUAUCAACAAUCGCAUACCCGGAUGCUGUGUAGUUCCACAUUUUAAGAAAAUUCAAGACUUUGAUGAAACAUUCUACAGACAAUUUCACAUUAUUGUCUGUGGACUAGACUCAGUCAUUGCCAGGAGGUGGAUGAAUGGUAUGCUGCUGUCUCUGCUUGUGUAUGAGGAUGGUGUCUUGAAUCCAGGUUCCAUCAUCCCUCUGAUUGAUGGUGGGACAGAAGGCUUUAAAGGCAAUGCCAGAGUCAUCCUUCCUGGCAUGUCUGCCUGCAUUGACUGUACCCUUGAGCUUUACCCUCCUCAGGUCAACUUCCCCAUGUGUACAAUAGCCUCCAUGCCUCGUGUGCCAGAACAUUGCGUCGAGUACGUUCGGAUGCUGCUGUGGCCCAAAGAGAAACCAUUUGGAGAUGGUGUGGUCCUCGAUGGAGAUGACCCAGAACACAUCCAGUGGGUGUACCAGAGAUCUUUGGAGAGAGCAGCAGAGUUCAACAUAACAGGAGUGACAUACAGACUCACACAGGGUGUUGUGAAGAGAAUAAUUCCAGCUGUUGCAUCCACAAAUGCUGUCAUAGCUGCUGCUUGUGCCACUGAGGUUUUCAAAAUAGCAUCAAGUGCCUAUAUACCUCUUAACAACUACAUGGUGUUCAAUGAUGUUGAUGGCCUGUACACCUACACUUUUGAAGCAGAACGGAAGGAAAAUUGUUCAGCCUGCAGCCAAGUUCCCCUGGACCUGAACUUUUCUCCAUGUUCCAAACUCCAAGAGGUUUUGGACUACUUCACUGACAGUGCCUCCCUACAAAUGAAAUCCCCUGCCAUAACGGCAACAGUGGAAGGAAAAAACAAAACGCUAUAUUUACAGUCUGUCGCUUCAAUUGAGCAGAGGACGCGGCCAAAUCUGUCCAAAACCCUAAAGGAGUUGGGCCUGAGUGACGGACAAGAGUUGGCUGUAGCUGAUGUCACCACACCUCAGACCAUGUUGUUCAGACUCUGCUUCACCACUUAGGAAAAACUCCAGCGCUCCCACCACCAGUUGAUGUCAUUCUUGUUUUUUUUUUUUUUUGCCAACUAUCACCUGAUGCAGGGUAAUUAAAGCAGCCUAAUAACUAGAAAAGUUUACACUGUAUGAUUUCACAGUGUAAAUGAUUGUUGCUGAUUUCUUUGUUUUAAUGUACUUGUUGACUUUAGUACAGUUUUUUGCACUGAAAAGCCAAAUCAUAACAUGUCAUGUUUUGGUGAUACAUUUUCUGCAAAUGUUACAGAUUUCUGCGUUAAUGUUUUAUCUGCACUACAAUCUAAGUUGUGCUCUCUACAAAGAAAGAGACAAGCAGGAGUUACUUUGGAAAGAAACCUCUGUAUGUGUGAAUAUUUAUUAUUUUAUUCUGAAAGUUUUUUAGUUGCAGUAACCACUGAAGCGGUACAUGCCCGACAUUGAAAAUGAUAUGUGAACUGGAAUAAAAAUGUUUUUCUUAUUA